AUGCGUCUCCGGAUUGGCAAUGGCAACAAAGGCGUUGUGAUCGAAGGCGUCGACACCCAGUUUGGAUUAGACAAGUCGCUCAUACACGAUAGGGUCACAAACGCGGAUUCUUAUGAAUUCUUGUCUCAUGGCGAGCUUCAGAGCUUGCCCACGGACAUGAAGAAGAACCUUUCGACGCUAGAUCUGAGCCAUCUAUAUACCAUAGCAAUGGCACAAAACGAAAGCUUUCAAUACGUUUUAUUUAUCUGGAACGCUGGAUAUUUAUUCAGGAAAAAGGCCAAGCUUGGCUCGUACCCUAUUUUCGCCCUCCCGUUAUCAGGGCAAAGGCGUAGUGAAUUUCAACCCCAAGUUGAAGAUAUUUCACCGUCUUUCGAUCCACAAGAGCUCGAGAUUGAUGCACUAGAUCAUCUUGCAUUUGCAUUGUUACAUGCACAGAAAGAACACCGAGCUUUGCGAGUGGCGACCACCCUGACCCAAAAGGAACCGACGUCGUUUCGGGGAUGGCUACGCCUCGCAGACAUAGCUUUUAAACUGGGUUCUCAUAAACUGGCGAUGCUCGCAUAUGGUCGUAUCCUCUCUCUACAAGACGCCUCUCCCAAAGUGCACUCUCAUGCGCUAGAGCGCAUUAUGGCGACGGCUUCGCAUACGGAGUGGUCACACAUAUUUCUCAGAGAAGAGAUGGAUCAAUUACCUCCUAGCUUGCAUGGUCCGUUAUCCGAAACCUGGCCGAACGAGGUGCGAGAGGAAAUCGGCGAUUCGUAUGCCAACAGCAUUGGACCCAGAUGGGAGACGAAAGGACCACUCCACCUAUUCAGUAGUUCUGAAGGUUUGGAAGGUAGUGCACUCCCACUCCACUUUCGGUGGCUUGUCCCUUUUCGGCUAGCCAUUUCCUCUCCGCCUGUCGAUAGUCAACAAUUCCAGAAUCUAUGCUCUCCCCAUGUGAACAUUCGACAUCUGAUUAUCCUUGAAGAUCGGUCUAAGGUUAAUGAAGCAUGGGUACGGUGUUUCAAACAGACAUAUGUCCCCAUGCACACGAUGCACGUUCCGACCCUUGAACAAAUUGAUUGUAUCCUGGAUAGCCUCUCAAUCUCUCAACUAUCCCCAACCUUGAUCUACUCCAGUGGAUCUGAAUUUACAGCAGUGGUCGCAGCAUGCUAUCUAGUUGCAUACGGUUUCAGUUCAGCUCAUGAACGAACAACCCCUGCGAUGCAAGUGUCGGAUGUAAUCUCUGCACUUGAUGCAUUCCACCCAUUCUCUAUACAAAAAUCGGAGCAAGAGAACAUGGUCACACUAUGGGAGCGGAGUAUUUGGAAAAGAAACUCGGUCACCCGCGUAUCACUCAUGGAACCUCCUCCGUGCCCUCUAGAAAUAAUAGGAGAAUUCCCGCGCGAUGCUGAUCUUUUCGUACUGGUCGGGCUACAAGGCUCGGGAAAAUCCUAUUUUACAAGGGCUUUGAGAGCUCGUAAGCCCAAUAGUUGGAAAAGGGUGAGCCAGGACGAGAGCGGAUCUCGGGCUCUAUGCGAAACAGAUAUUGGACGAGACCCAAUGGGCAAGAGGGUGUUGCUAGAUCGGUGUAACCCUACUAGCAAGGAUCGUGAAAGCUGGCGUCGUUUGGCUCAUUGGUCGUCGAAGCCAGUGAUCGUGUGGUUCGAUUAUCCUAAAGAAGUUUGCCUUUCGAGAGCCCAAAGGCGACUGGAGCAUCCGACGCUUCCUCCUGGGCUGAGAGUAAACACCGCAGUCGCUUCUACUCUGGCCCAGUUCGAGCCACCGGUACACCCCUCUAAAGAAGGCUUCCUUGGAACAGCUGUCAUCCGCUCUUUCAAGGCGUGUCAAGAACUCAUCUCUCUUUUGUCCCCACCCGUAGAGCUGUUCAAGUUCCCUCGCACCGCUCAUCUGCUCAACUUGGGAGCAGCGACGGAGGACGACCUCCACCAUACACCAUCCCAUGGGUCCACCCUAUCACCUUCUCUUGCCCUCGAGUCGGGUUCACGAAUCGUCAUUACCGAGAAGAUAGACGGGGCUAACCUGGGCAUCUCGCUGAACGAAAAUUCUGGCAUCGUGGUUCAAAACCGUUCCCACUGGGUUAAUUCUAAAACCCAUUUCCAAUUCAAAAAGCUCGAUCUAUGGGUCGAAGAGCACCGCGAGGACUUGUACCACAUUUUGGCAGUGGACGACAUGUUUCCCCAAAGAUUUGUUCUGUUUGGAGAAUGGAUGGUUUGUGUCCACUCGAUCAACUACACGAGUCUCCCGAGCGAAUUCUUGAUAUUUGACCUCUAUGAUCGCGUGACUGCCUCGUUUACAUCAAGGGACGUUCUAGAGGCAAAGGUAAAGGGGACAAAACUUCAUCUAGUUCCACUGAUGGAAACGAGGCAAAAUUCGCCAGAAUAUUCUGACGGACAAUUGACACUGCCCAGUGAUGAAGAGCUUCGCCUCAUGGUUCAACGACCCUCGCAAUUCUAUAGUGGUCGAGUGGAGGGUGUUUACGUCAAAGUUGAACGUGGUGGCCGUGUUGUACACAGAGGAAAAGUGGUACGAGGUGAUUUCAUAGCCGGAAAUGAGCAUUGGACCAAAGGGCCUCUGAGCUUGAACGGCAUAGUAAAGGGUAAAGGGCUAGACCAUGAUUUUCACGAAGGUGGUACAGACUGGGCGACUAAAAGAUAUGCGACCCUCUUUUUUUUCAGACAAAUAGCCACAUCUUGUAUCUUAGAAUUUGCCCAGUGCCCACAAUGGAUGGCCAUCGUUCUGUUCUCGGAAUACCCGCGACUUGAUUGGUUUACAUGUUCAUGUAAGGAGCAAGCUUUGGCGCUUGGGACAACCGAAUCCAAGUGUUUUUACCUGGCUCAGUUCAACGGUCCCAACCUUGACUUCGACCUCACCCCAUCAGGACGAUUGGAAUCCAAGUACGCGCGCGCAAAACACGAUCAAAAACGUUCGCUGAGCAUUGUCUUCCCUUCAACAGCCCUUCGUCGCGUCGUGCUCUCCUUCCUUCAUCCCACUCGCCGUAUCCUCCAGAAAAUAUCACCUGCUCGCCCGCUAUCGUCAUCCGAUAAACAAACUAUUCCGGCUCCUUCUGAGCCCCAAAAGCCUGUUAUUCAUGAAGAUCAGAGCGCAGGUCCCGAGUCAGGUCCGCUGCCGGUUAAUGGUGAGACUGCAGUGAACGGGGUCGAGUCUGGCCACGAGCAUCAGUCUUCCCAGCCAUCUAGUGCCAUUCCUAAUGGAAUGCCAUAUACCUUUGGUCCUCCAGGAGCGAUGUAUGGUGUUGGCCCUCCCCUGGAAAUGUAUCAAGGAGGACCAAAUGUAAAUGGUCCACGUAUGAUGCAGCCAAUUCCUUAUCCCUACCCACCUUCUCAGUCUGGUCAGCAAAACCCCGCGAUGCCUCCCAACGGUUAUGCGUUCCCACCGAUGAUGCCUCAUCCUCCAUCGGCCAACGGCGGUGUUUCCCCUUCCAGCCCAACCUCCGCAACGCCUAUGCAAAUGCCCCCCUAUGCUUCUCCUUAUGGAAUGUGGUAUCCGGCUCCCCACGGAAUGGCAAUGCAGGCCCCCCCAGGCGUAAUGCCGACUACUGGAAUGCAUCCCAUGAUUCCAGUGGGACAUUUCCCUCCCCAUGGUGCCAUGUACCCACCUCCUCCGCAACAGCAAACUGUUGGGGAUGCACAAAACCCUGGUGAAGUUGCCA